UGUUGUACUUAGUGAAUACGGUGUGAACAAAGGGAUACGCUGACAUUACUUUUACAUGUGCGAACUGAUGACUUUUUUCCCAAUAAAUUCACUUUUUUUUUCCGUAAUAACAGCUAUAUAAUCUGUAAUUAUAUGAACUUGCCAGCAGAAAUGCAGACAUCGGAUCUGCUUGAUUGCAACAUUGUAAUAUUUUCUCCAAAUCUCGAUUUAAAUAUGCAAGCAUUAUUUUUUUCAUUUUGCAACCGAAAUAAAUCGCCCGAAUCAAAAGCUAGUCAUAUAAGUAAACAGUCGAAUAUACCUUUUAUCGAGUAACGAAAAUAAUACAGGGUAUAGUUGACAUGAAAGCAAUUGCAGCUGUCAACGCGCUCGCAUAUAAAAGCCCUCAAUCGAAUCGUCAUCAGCAGUUGAGCCUUGUUUACAGUUGAAUCGAGUUAAGUCAGCAAAUAAGAUAAUUAUGAAAAGUGAAAAAGUAACAUUUAAUUACUUGAGGGAGCCCACUUCCACUGAUCGCAUGCAAAUGACGGAUGCUGUUGAGUACUUAAGACGUGGCAUGACUACAAUGGGUUGGCUUACGCCAUCGAAGAACAGCCGAUAUUCCUAUUGUGGAAUGUACAAAUUUGUGAAAUAUUUCUUACUAUCAUGUGCCAUGUAUUUACCCAUUGGCUUGUCCAUAACAUAUAUUACGGAAUUUAGCACCUUUACACCUGGCGAGCUGUUUACUUCUCUACAGGCUGGUAUUAAUAGCCCAGGAGCCUUCAUGAAAGCUGUUCUGGCUGCACUCAAUGCUUGGCGCUUUCUUGCAGUCAAAGAACAGCUGGCUAAUAUCAGCAGGCGAUGGAUAAAAGAUGAAGAGCAAUUGGCAGUUCAUCGUACUGCUAAAUUAUGCAAUCUUGCAUAUCUUUUGUUCUUGGGAAGCUACGUUUCAUUUGGAUCAUUGACUGUACUCACGGCGGUCUUGAGGGGACAAACUCCUUGGCGUAUAUAUAAUCCCGUAUUUGACUGGAGAGCCAAUACAUUGUAUUUUUAUAUCGCGACUGGAUUUGAAAUACUUUUCAUGGGAUCAGGAAUAAUGUACAACCAAGUAAAUGACAGUUAUCCUCUAAUCUUCGCCAUAAUUAUACGCUCAAAUGUGAAUUUGCUCAAUAAUCGUGUUCAAAAUUUACGCACUGAUCCCAACAGAAGUGAGGAGCAGAACUACGAGGACCUCAAGGAAUGUAUUGUUGAUCACAAGCAAAUAUUGGACAUCUGCGAUACUUUAAGACCAUUUUUUUCAGCAACUAUUUUCAUACAAUUCCUAUUGGUUGGCUUACUCUUCGGUCUGACUAUGAUUAACAUAAUGUUCUUUGCCAAUUUAACAACUGGUAUUUCCUCCGUUUUCUACCUUUGUGCUCUCACCUGUCAGACAUUUCCAUUCUGCUAUACUUGCACUCUAAUUGACGCAGAUUGCGAUGUUUUGGCAUUCUCUAUCUUUAAUUCAAACUGGCUCGAUGCAACUCCACGUUACAAAUCGACCUUGCGGCACUUUUUGCAUAAUGCUCAGAAAAAUAUUACGUUCACGGCUGGCUCCAUUUUUCCCAUAUGUCUCAACACUAACAUAAGUGUGGCUAAGCUCGCAUUUUCGGUUGUCACAUUUGUUAAGCAAAUGAACAUAGUUGAAAAACUCAAUGGAGAGUAGUUGGCAAUAUGGAAUCCAACAUUUUAAAUUUGAGUUCAACAACUACAUAUAUGUAUACAUAAUUAAAUAUAAUCUACUUACUACUACUACUGUGCAUUACCUUAGUUGCAAUACUUAUGCUCAGAUCAAAUGAGUUUCACAUAUU